AUGUACGACCAAUGUGUCCCUCGUCCGACAAGCGCCUGUUUUCGUUUCUUCAUCCAGUCGUUGGUCGUACACACGACGAACAGUCCAAAUGGCUACAGGCCUCGAUCAAGUCUUGUGAACCACGUCACAAACGCGAGAGACCAACCGAGUGACGUCGCGUUCGUCCUGGCCAAUCAAUUCGCUCUAAAGUCCCCAUUGCGCUCCUCAAGUCCAUCCUCGGAGCUCCUCCUCACUCGUGAUGGUCCGGAAGAGCAGCAGCACUCGCCCCGUCGCUCCAUCAGUGCGUUAGUGCGAGCCGAAGAUGCGGCAGAGGAAGAGAUCCUCGAGACGCCAGCGCUCAGCUCCAUUGCGGUCGCUGAUCGUGGGUACAAGAGUGAGAGCGACGACGAUGUUAAUGACAGCGACACCGUUGAAGCAGAAGGUGCAAUCGAGCGUCGGCUCGUAGCUGAGGCUCAGGCGGAAGCAGCGACUGUUUUGAGCACUUUGAAGUCAGAGAACAAGCGUGUGUACAAUAUUGAGGCGCUGCUGGCGCUGGUGCAGGAGUGGGACGUCAAGCCGCUGCCGUGGAUCGAGACCCUGGAGACGUGUACCGCUCCUUUAGAGCUCGAGAACUUGAAUGACGAUUUGAAGCGGGAAGUGGCGUUUUACACCAACUCAAUCGCUAUGGUGCGUGUGGCGAAAGACCGACUGAAGCAAGACGGCGUGGCGUACAAGCGGCAGGACGAUUAUUUCGCCGAGAUGCUCAAGCGCGGCGCGCACAUGGACAAAGUCAAGGACAAGCUUAUUCAUGAGCAGAAGAAGAUCACGGCAGUCGAAGAGCGCAAGAAGUCACAGGCGCAUCGGAAGGUGGCGAAAGAAGUGCAGGCAGAGAAGGUCAAGGAACGGAACAUGCAGAAGAAGGAGACACUGUUGAAGCUGUGA